CACAGGGGGCAGAUACAGUUGUUUUGAGCGUUUUAACAGUGAUCUCCGGGGAUCUGUAAAUCCUCCGCCGCGACAGCUGAUUCGGAGUCAGCUCGGGUCACACAGCGGCAGCAGCAGCAGCGGCCUCCAUUUUAACUUCGACACCGAGCCAUACCUCACGUGUCCUGGGCUGUCUCUCUCACAUGACCCGAGUGUUUGUUCCCGUGAUCAGCACUUCCAUCUCCGUCUGUGACACCGAAUAUCACUUUUUAUUCCAACCCUGAUGGAUAUGCUCGAACAGAGUCUGGACAGCGCAAGCCAAGAAAAGCAAGAAGAAGAGGUUGUCCAGGCAUCUGAAGACGGAACAGGAGAAGAGCAGACAGCUGUUACGAUAGCCAGCGUUCAGCAGGCUGCAGCAUUUGGAGACCAUAACAUACAAUAUCAGUUUCGCACCGAGGGUGGUCAGGUGACGUAUCGUGUUGUUCAGGUUACUGACCAGCACCUAGAGGGAAGAGAUGAAGGGGGAGGAGCAGUGAGUGUCGUCUCUACAGCAGCCUUCACUGGGGCCCCUCAGGCUGUAGCUCAGGCUGUGAUCCAAAACCCUUUCAGUAAUGGAGGAAGCCCAGCAGGAGAGGCGGUGGGAGGGGAGACUCGCUUCGCUUACUUCCCCGCAACCGCGGUGAGCGACGGGACUGUGUCUGUGCAGGCCGCCACGGACCCCACACUCACACAGGCGGGGGGUCAGUUUUAUGUGAUGAUGACCCCCCCUGAUGUCAUUCAGACAGGCACACCACGAACCAUCGCCCCACGCACACAGCCCUACCCUGCAGAUGAAAACGAGCUGCUGCAGCAUGAAGGUUUAAACUGGAAAAUGGAUGGACCGCGAACACCGAGAGAUGAAAGGAGGAGAGCGCAACAUAAUGAAGUGGAGAGGCGGCGAAGAGACAAGAUCAACAACUGGAUCGUCACGCUUUCCAAGAUCAUCCCAGACUGCAACAUGGACAGCACCAAGACUGGAGCAAGCAAAGGAGGCAUCCUGUCCAAAGCGUGCGACUACAUCCGAGAGCUGAGGCAAAACAACCAGCGACUGCAGGAGAGUCUGAAGGAGGUGGAGAGGAUACAAGUGGACAAUGAGUUGUGCAGGCAGCAGAUUGAAGAACUGAAGAAUGAGAAUGCUUUGCUCCGAGCGCAACUCCAGCAGCACGGCAUUGAGAUGGUUGGAGAGACACCGCCGCAGUGAAGCGGAGACGGAAAGGAUGGGGUGGGGCGCCAUCACUCAGACACACAACCGGCACGGUGGAAAAGAAGGCGAGAUGACGGAGAGAAAAAUGGACAUGCGAAGAAUCUCUUUCUUUUUAGUGAACGCAUCCUUCCCUGGGUUCACAGGUCGCGAACUCUUCACCGGCCAAUUGGCUGUACUUGACUGUUUCAACCCUAUUGAGAUAACCACCCGUUAAAACUCAGUAGAAAUGUGCUCCAAGAAAAGCUGUCCACUCACCGCCAUCAGAGUGCUUUACUAGCACUAGUUAUGACAGAGAACGUGCUGAACUCCUCACUUGUUUUGUAUUUAUGUAGCCUCACUCAUGGACUAUGAUGUGUGUUGUUUAAUUUUGUUUCCUGUCAGUGUAUUUUCCCCCAAAUUAUGGGUUUUGACUUAGUUCAUGCUUUUAUUCUGUUUGUGUUUUUGAGUUCUGUAUUCAUAUGUUGUUUUUAGCUGCUGUAAUUUAUUAGUCCGCUUGCUGACGGAAGCCUUGAUGGAGACCAGUUACAUUGACACUCAUGCACCCCCUAGAGCAACAGAUUGAAUUUUAAGUACGAAAACAUCAAAGUAUGCAAAACAUUAAGAUUUUACAGAGAGAAAUAAUGUGACACAUGCAGCUUACCUAGACCCAAAGAGAAACCAGGCGCUGUGCUGGCCUGUGCUUCUGGGCUGAUUUAUGUAAAUAAGACUUCUCAUGUUUUAACACAGAUGUUAAUACAGAAUGUUAGAGCAGAUUAUCUCUGGGAGUAAACAAUCAAUAACUCAUUAUGUUCAUGCUGGCCCUUUGUCAUAAUAAUUACCAUAAAGUGUGUGCAAUCUUGGAGCUUAAUUUGAGAAAAGAAAAAGUGGUAUACUUGAAUUGUUGGGCAUUUGCUUAACCAGAAAAAAUAACUCCAAUGUCAAGAAAAAUUACUUUAAAUUGCAAAUUUGAAUGUACGAGUGUGGACAAACCCAGCGCGCUUGAUUGUGGACUGGUGAGGGGUGUGGUGCAAAUUCCAACUUUUGCCAAACUAUAUAUAGAUACAGUGGGUUUUAUUUUUAUCUUUUGUUCAUGUGUGAUUUACCGGUGUCUCGAUACGUGUAAGAAUAAUUCCCACAUGUUUCAUUUCAAGCUGUUUGCUCUAUUUUGGUAUUGCAACACUUCAAAUGCAGCUCGACGCACAAGGGGGGGAGGCACCCUGGAGAGCGGCACUCAAAGACUCUCUGCUCACUAUGGAAAAGGAGUACACAGAAAUCCUGUGUUGCACUUCUUAGCUGAGCACAAGGCGUUCUCCACGAAAUGAAGGAAUAGUUUGGAAGUGGGGAAACUUGGAAAUGAUCUCACAUAUUACUCCACCCACUCAGGCGAACAAUAAGUAAACUGUAAUUGGUUGUACAAACAGCAAAAGCCAAUAUUAACAUUGUUGAUGAUUUUGUGAAUGAAUAUACAUGAUGUAUUUUUGUUAUGCUUCGGGCGAUGUGAGUGAAAGUGGAAGAGAGAUAUCAAGCUUUGGAGCCACUUAUUAGAGCACGAUUGCUUCUCCCUGUGUCAACAGCUCAGGAUCCAGCAAAGCAAAACCAACACUCAGACCCCUGGCAAAAUCACGCAGACUAUCACAUUUUAAUAUCUCAGACUCUGCAAGUUAACAGCUUUUGCUUUGGAAGUGCUGUUCUGCCACUACUGCUAGAUUCAAACCUGAUAUGGAUAGUGCAAGUGUCUGAUCUAUCAAACGAGGCUCCUAGCUAAAGUUGAAUGAUAGAUGUUUUGCAGUAGAAAUUUUUUACACCUCAGUGAGAGCAGAGCAGAGAAUGUGAAUGUGAAGACAUGAAUAAUGCUUUGGAAGAAGGAUGUUCACAAAUGAAAGGUCACUCGUGGCUAAUUCUUUUCUUUUUUUUUCUUCUUCCUUGCGUUUCUUUUUUGAAAUGGCAAAAGAAAGAAAAAAGACUCAUUUUCUCUCUGUAGCAGCCUCACUGUUCUCAGGUUAGAUUUUAAGGCAUCUUUUCUAAGUAAAAUGGUGGAAAAUAAAACUUUCACUAGCUGAUAACCUUUAUGGGCUUUGGCUGUGGCUUGUUGUCUUUCUGCAGGUCUUGGACAUAUACACACAUAAAUACUUUAUUACUUAUUUCA